UCCUCUCCUCCUCUCCUCUUCUCUCCUCCUCUCCUCUCCUCCUCUCUCUCUCUCCCUCUCUCGUCUCUUUCUUCUGCUCCUGUUCCACUCGGUUCCAGUCUGGUGGCUUUACGGUGAGGCACGCUGAGUCACGGAAACUCCAGGCUCAUAAAGACUGUACAACCUCACUGUACCAGGAUUUAGACCGCACCACAGAGAAGACAGUCUGUACAACUUCACUGUACCAGGAUUUAGACCGCACCACAGAGAAGACAGUCUGCACAACCCCACUGUACCAGGAUUUAGACCGCACCACAGAGAAGACAAUCUGUACAACCCCACUGUACCAGGAUUUAGACCGCACCACAGAGAAGACAGUCUGUACAACCCCACUGUACCAGGAUUUAGACCGCACCACAGAGAAGACAGUCUGUACAACCCCACUGUACCAGGAUUUAGACCGCACCACAGAGAAGACGCAAAAGACCAGACCAAAGACCAGAGACCAAGAACCAGACCAGAAACUAGACCAGAGACCUGACCAGAGACUACACCACUUCAGAGGACCGGAAAUAUGGAUUAAAACCUCCAAGACCCCCCACAGCUGCUGACACAUCUAAAGCUCCGGUUUAGUCCUGGUUUAGUCCUGGUUCAGUCCUGGUUUUGGACUCAAAAGAACCAGAACCAUGUCCUUUCUUCAUCUCUGGACCUUGUUGGUUGGGCUGCUGUGUGUGGACUCAUCACAAAACAAAACUCAAGAGAUCCAUGUGACCUGUCUGGUGGGUGAGCGCUGCAUCCUCCCCUGCCUCCUCCCCUCCUCUGCCCCACAGAAGCUGCUCUGGUUCAGGCAGGACUCUCUCAUCCUCAGCCUCUCCUCGGACCUCCAGACCCUCCGCGACCCCAACGACUCCCUCGCAGGAAGAGCUGCCCUCGCUGACCCCACCCUCGCCAAGGGAAACGCCUCUCUGCUGGUGAGAGACAGCGCCCCUAGAGACCGGGGGAGGUACAGGUGCAGCGCGCGGACCGAAGCAGGAGACCGAAACCAGGAAGUCAUCGUCAAAGUACAAGCUCCUAUCCGCUCCCUGUCCAUGGAGCUCUCGCGUCUGAGUGGUUUCGAGGAGAUAAAAUGCUCCGUCCGAAACGUGUUCCCGCCCCCUCGGGUCACGUGGUCCACGGAGCCGCCCACCUUCCACAGCCUCCAACCUCUGACCCGGAAGCAGCUGGAGGGGUCGGGGCUGUACGAGGUGGACAGCAGACUCAGGACUCUGGGACAGAAGGAUCUGAUAUACAUCUGCACGGCCACGUCUCCCUACAGCGACAAGAGCUGGAGCGCCUCCUACAGGCACAGAGAUCUCCGUGGUUCUGAGGGCAAAGACCUGACACUCCCCUGCUUCGCUCCUUCUUACCUGAACAGCCAAACCCUCUCCUGGACCUUCUCCAACAGCGACGCCCCCAAACACAUCUUGACCUACAGUGUCCAAUCAGGAGAGGCCGUGUCAUCGCAGGAGUGGGCGGGGCAUGUGGAGCUGGACGGGUUGCGGGUGCAGUUUGGGGACGGGUCAGUGCGGCUUAUGGACCCAGAGGAGGAACACCACACAGGGAUGUACAGCUGUGUGUUCUCCACCCAGAGGAGCACCCACACGGAGACUAUAGAGGUCACCAUCAGCGGCACAGGGAAGCGCAGUGCACCUGAAGACCCCUCUUACUGGUGGGUGGUGGGGCUGAUCGUCGCCAUCUUGGUCGUGGCUGUGGUCGUCAUGUUGGUGUACCUCAAAAUCAGAGGAGGAGCCACAAAGCCCAAGUCUGACCCUGAGGAGGCCACAGAGCUGCACCCGGUCAAAGAUUCGGGUGCAGACAGCCCUUUGGCCACCGGGGGCACUAACGGACAGUCAGCCUCUGCUCUCACAUGAAGAGCCCCUGAACACUGUAAAAAUGUCAAAUAUAAAACAAUAUAUGCUAAGACACAGAAGAACACGGCCUGUUCUCACUGCUGCGUGGUCCCACGCAGUUUCACACAAUUUUGUCAUAUUUAGCAGCUUGGAAAGAGAACAGCGCACGUAGUUUUCAAUAUAUUGGAUUCACGCUCUAGAAGUUGAUGAUGUCAUAGUUUCAGAUGAAGCAGGGGCCUCUGUAACUCUACGAGAGCUUCACCGUUUUUCAAAAAAAUCUCCAAACUUCUGCACCAUAAAUGUUGAACCAUCUCAUUAUUAGUUUGGGAUUGGUGCCACUUCCAGACGCUGUACCUGAUUUUUUUUGCGUUUUAAAAUCACGAAAAACAGAAGUAGUUCAUUUUAAACAGUUUGCAGUGGUCCAAAGUUAAUCCUCACUUACCUUAUGCAUUCAGAACAUCCUAAUUAUUCACCACAAUGAAUUUAUGAGCACUUUUCACAACUCUCAGAGACCAGAGUGGAGUUUUGCCAUCACUGUAGCACUAACAACUAGCAUGCUAACAGUGCAUUUCAUUACAAGACAGUCAAAGACAGUGCACAGUGGACGUGUUGUAACCUCCAGAGCUGCUUAUACAACACACGUGUCCUGGGCUGAGGCACAUUUUACUCAAACACGUGAGGAAAAAUCUGGUACAGCACCUUUAAGUCUGACAUAUUUUAUUUUUAUUUUGGGAUAUUUUUAUGGUAAAAUCACAAGAUCUUGUUUUAUAUCAUUAUUUAAGGAUUUUGCUGUGAGUUUUUAUAUAAAAUUGUCAAAAUUAUAUCAUGAGUAGUCUCUGAGUAAAUAUAAUAUUUUUUAUAUUUUUUUGGUUAAACAGGGGUAUUUUAUCAUCCAAGCAAUGUGUUUUUCAGGGACGUUCCUGUUUAUUUCAGCAAGAAAAUGCCAAGUCACAUUCUACACGUGUUACAGCUGUGUGGCUUCAUAGUAAAAGAGUGCAGUACUAGACUGGCCUGACUGCAGUCCAGACCUGUCUCCCACUGAAAAUGUGUGGUACAUUAUAAAGAGCAAAAUACGACAACGGAGACCCCAGACAGCUGAGCAACUGAAGUUGUACAUUCAGCAAGAAUGGGAAAGGAUUCCUCAUAUAAAGCUUCAACAAUGAGUGUCCUCAGUUCCCAAACUGAGAACAAAUGAUUGUUAUUAAAAGGAAAGGUGAAGUAACACAGUGGUAAACA